AUGAGGCUAGGUGAACCAGUUUUUUUCACUAAAAAGAAUUAUGUGAAGCCAGUGAAGCGUAUGAGUUUACAGGAUUCUUCCAGACCUGACGUAAACCAAGGAAAGAUGAGUUUGAAGAUCAUUUGUCUUGUCUCGUGUAUCAUUCCACAACUGGUGUUUUCCAUACACCAGUCGGUAAAGCCCCAGUCUCCACAGAUCUUAAGCUGCCCUGUCAGUGGCGUCCCAGGUGUCCCCGGAGUGCCAGGGCUCAAUGGAAGAGACGGGGCUAAGGGGGACCAAGGACCUGCGGGAGCUCCCGGUAAAAUGGGACCUCCGGGCCCUGGGGGGUCCAGAGAAGGCCAAGGACCCGUCGGACCACCUGGAGAAAUGGGCCCUAAAGGACCCAAGGGCGACAAGGGCGAACAGGGCCCCUCGGCUGUGGUCCCUCAGAGGAACUGGAAACAGUGCGUCUGGAAAAAGUUGAACGAUGACAGGGAUUAUGGCUUGAUAAAGGUCAGUAAUUCUGCAUUUCCUGAUGAUUAUGACUUCGUUAGUAGACACUGAGUAGGAGGCUGAUAGAGUAUAGGCGGCUUUUGUACUUUUAUUGGUUUAUACAUGUGGAAUUUUAAGCAAUUAUAAGCAAUUAUUGGAUCAGGUUUUUGUGAUAUCAAGAAUAAUCAAG